UGGAUUUUAUUGAUUUGCCUAAGUGUCAGUGUUAUAAACAUGUACUUGUUAUUGUUGAUGUGUUUUCUAGGUGGAUUGAAGCCUUUCCAACCACUGAUUGCACUGCCUCUACGGUGGUGUCUAUUUUAUUACGGCAGGUUGUUCCUCGUUUCGGGGUUCCAAACACCAUCAGUUCGGAUAACGGCCCUCACUUCAUUGCCGCUAUCAAUAAAGAUCACCCCGGGUUCUUAUGUGUUGAUUAAGAAUUGGGUUCGUAAGGACACCCUUUCUCCUCGAUGGUUGGGCCCCUUCCAGGUUCUCCUCACCACCCCCACCGCGGUAAAGGUAGAAGGACGAUCGGCGUGGGUGCAUCUGCACCAUUGCAAAGUGGUUGGUGACACCAAGCAAAGGGGGGAGGUCGAGGUCAGGGAGGGGGAUCCAGUCCACGGGAAGCAGGGCACGAAUUAAUUUUGCCAUGAGAUUGCACGUUCUUUUUUUUCCUCCCUUGUCUUCCCAGAUACGAAAUAAAUCGCUGAGAUGAGGGUCUUCGUGGCAUUAAUAUGUGUGGCGACCACUGCAGGGUUAAUCGGUUUCGGCUGGAAAUGGACAAAGACUGAAUACGGACGGAACAAACGAGGAAAGAGAGGGGAACGAGAAAACUCCAAUUUAUUCAUCCAGGCACACAACGAGCUAUUCGGGAAGGGGCAGGUGGUUUGUUAUCCACAAAUGACAUCAGUUACCUCCCUGUUUACCCCAUCCCCUGCAUGGGGCAGAACUGAACGACUGGUGAAGUGCCAGGAAAAAAAAACGGUCCCUGUUAAACCCGUCAGCAUCAACUAUGAUAGGCUUCUCGCUCCACCGGCCAACUGCUUACCGCUCCCUAAGAACAAUAACCACUCCUACGACAUUUGCUACAAUGGAUCUAGGACGGCGUCAAGAGCACCGGCUAGGCCAUGUAACUUCACCACCAAUAAUGACAACAGGCAAUAUGAAAAUUGUUUUAGUAACCAAGGACACGGGUGUAUAGUCAUAAAUGUUAAAAAUAACCUCACUUGCGCUCUGCAAGGGCCCGUUCAUGGCUCCACAUGUAACCUUACCUAUAAUGGAGUCCAAUGUCAGGUGUCUAAGGACUGUAUCCCCGUAAAUGCUGGAUUUCAGUUGUUGUGUGGAUGGGCCAACGGGACCCAUCUGACAGUAGGAUCCCAUCACCUGCCAAUCCCUAGUUAUAGCAAUGGGAUCAGUGAAGCGUGGAGGGACUGGUCUGGAGGGGGAGAAGUCAUUAAUACCCGAAGGGGCUGUAAUGGAUCAUUAUAUACGGAGGAAGGAUAUUACUUUUUCUUUAAUGGGAAAGGAACCAAUGUCCUAAAACCCCCUUUCCCCAAGAACGUGGCAGUUGGAGCAUUGGUGCCAACCACAGUACCUUGUCCCGAGCAAUGGACUAAACCCAUGGCUCGGGUUCGUCGAAGGACAGUGUCAGCCGAGUUUUGCGCGCAAUGGAGAAAUCCAGGGGUUAGGGGAGCUACCCACGGACAUGCCAUUGGAUGGGGAUUAUUAAGCAUGCUAACCAUGGGAGGAGUGGGUGGAGGUGAAGCAGCCAAAAACCGAAAUUACCUUGUUUGUGGCCUGACAAUUCUGGGCAAUGCAACAACUGGAGCCUUGGAGGCAGUAAAAACCCAGAUGGCCGAAAUGAGGAUGUUUUCCCUACAAAAUAGAUAUGCGCUCGAUUACUUAUUGGCUAGAGAAGGGGGGACCUGUACCGUCAUAAAAGGGAAAUGUAUGAUGGGGGUUCAAGACCGGACUAGCAACAUCACACAACACCAGAAAGAGAUUACCACCUUUUUGGAUGGAAUAAAUGAAAACCAGGGAUGGGGGAAUUGGGGAUUAGGGGGAGUAUACAACUGGAUCAUCAGCAUUGCCAUCUAUGCUGCUAUAGUAGUUACUUGCUUAUUUGUGGGGAUUGCUAUUGUAAAGUGUAUCAUAGCCCGAUUAAUGGUGGCUUUAUCGGGUUUGGGGACCACCCCCGAGGAAGCUAAAAGUUCUGUACGAAUGAUGAUCUUACAGCGUGAGCAGGAGAGACUGUUACCAUUCCCCAACGACAGCGAAAACGAUGAAGUGAGUGAGGAAGGAGAAUUGGGGGAUAAAGGUCAGACGGUCCAAGAAGCCUUGGCCAGGGAACUAGAAGGUUACGAGAUUCGGCGAAUGGGACUUUUAAAUGGACUAUGAGUGUUGCCAUAAGAAUGGCAAAAGGGGGGAAUGAUGAAUAGAAAUUCUGAAUCAAUGUUAUAAGAUUGUUCUGAAAGACAAAAUGGUUGGCCAGGUAGACUGAAACAAAGGACAUAAGAUGGCUGCUGACCAGACUUGCUGGAACCGGCUGCAAUUAAGGAAAUCACAAUGUCUUGCAAUUACUGUGUAGUCAUGAAUAAAGGAUCACAGGCCCAGUCUGACAAGAUUGAGGAAUACACAACCCCCCCCUAGCCAGAAAGACUAAGGAAUGUACUGGUCUGAGAUUAUGCGUGGUUCCUCUAACAUCCCCUUAUAUGGACAUACUUGGUUUCCUGUAUUCUCCCAACGUGUUGGUCCUUUGAUCAACAUUUUGCCCAAAUCUCCAAGUCCAGGCUCCACCAUUGGGGUGUUCGAUGCUGAUAGCACUGUCGAUGUUGAGCGUGUUCAACCUCU